CACCCCCACCCCAACAUGAAUUUCUUCCUGGACAUUUUCUACCCGGAGAAGAGACGCCGGGAGAAGGAGCAGCGAGAACGGCGAAGCCACGCCUGCGCCGAGCCCGACCCCCGCGCCCCAGCCUCCUACCCCCUCAACGGCAACCUCUACGUCCACGGGGGCCUGGACUACACCAGCGACGGCUACAUGUCCUACGGCGGCAAGAGCCAGCGGUCAAUGAACUGCUACGACAACGCCGUCGGCUACAACAGCGACGGCUACGUGUGUAAUUUUAACAACCGGACCGGCUACCCCAUCUACAAUCCAGCUGAAAGUACUAGCCAUUUAUCCCGUUUGAGCCACGGGCACAGGACUAGUAGUAAUAACGUGCAUAAUAAUAAUAAUAAUAAUAAUAAUAACAGUAAUAAUAAUGGCAGAGGUGAAACAGUGACAAGACAUUCAAGGCGUCUCAACGCCGUCCAUCCAGCCCUGCAUACACAAAACUCAUUCUCCAAAGAUGCAGGAGUUCCCAGGAGUGCAGGUUCGAGACCCAGUCACGGAACCGGCUUUCCCGGCAUGUUCGGAAGGACACGGUCAAGAACGUUGGUGUUUCCGUUCCGCAGGGAGAGAGGUUCGUUCUGGGGGACGUUCCGGCUCAAGUAUGACCCGCGGCUACUCCAGGCAAAGGACGAGCGGACGCGCUGGGAGAUGGCCAUGCUGUACUGCUGGAAUAUCAAGGAAUUUCUUGCAAAAGCAAAAGAAGAAUUUCAAACAAAAUGGGACCACCCACCCUUAAAUGUGUCACCUCUGAGUACGUCAUGUUUAGAUGACUUUGACAGAAUCAAAACUCUUGGAACUGGCUCAUUUGGUCGUGUAAUGCUAGUCCAACAUAAAGGGGAGAACAAAGCAUUUUUUGCUAUGAAAAUCUUAGACAAACAAAAGGUAGUAAAAUUAAAACAAGUAGAGCAUACAUUGAAUGAGAAGAAAAUUUUGCAGUCAAUUAAUUUUCCUUUCCUGGUCAGGCUAGAGUAUUCAUUUAAAGACAAUUCCAAUUUGUAUAUGGUGUUGGAGUUUGUUACAGGGGGUGAAAUGUUUUCACAUUUACGACGAAUAGGCCGCUUCAGCGAGCCGCAUUCCCGAUUUUAUGCUGCACAAAUAGUGUUGGUCCUGGAAUACUUGCAUCACUUGGAUAUUAUGUACAGAGAUUUAAAACCUGAGAAUUUACUCAUAGAUACCUACGGUUACUUAAAGGUGACAGAUUUCGGCUUUGCCAAGCGCGUUAAGGGACGAACAUGGACACUAUGCGGCACCCCGGAGUAUCUAGCCCCAGAAAUUAUUCUUAGCAAGGGCUACAACAAAGCUGUUGACUGGUGGGCUUUAGGUGUUCUUAUUUAUGAAAUGGCUGCUGGCUAUCCUCCAUUUUUUGCUGAUCAGCCAAUUCAAAUUUAUGAGAAAAUUGUAUCAGGAAAGGUUCGUUUUCCUUCUCACUUUAGUGGAGACCUUAAAGACUUACUACGCAACUUACUGCAAGUGGAUUUAACCAAGCGUUUUGGUAACCUCAAGAAUGGUGUUAAUGAUAUCAAGAGUCACAAAUGGUUCUCUACAACAGAUUGGAUUGCUAUAUACCAGAGAAAGGUUGAAGCACCAUUUGUGCCAAAGACGAAAGGCGCUGGUGAUACUGCAAAUUUUGAUGAUUAUGAAGAAGAGCCACUACGUAUCUCUUCUACUGAAAAAUGUGCCAAGGAAUUUGCUGAUUUUUGAUGUGUUAUUUUUGUUGUGGCUGAGCAGGAUUACAUGACCACCACAGUUCCCAUUAGAAAUCUCUGGACUGUACAAUAAUGGCAGCCUGGUGGUAUACACCUGUUUCAGGGCUGGAAAUAUUUUCUUUGUUCAUCACUAGUUGGAAUGUGUUUUCUGUGUGGCGGUUGUCUUCUUUGUGUGUGGAGCCAGUUCCAAGCCCAGCUCUAGCUAGAGGGAGAGUAGACUGGAUAGACAGGCUGGGCUUUUUAAAGCACUCUUCCCAGUGGCUGGUACACAAAACUAGCUGUGGAGUUUUCAGUUCUAAUGGAUUUAUAUUUCUACCCACUGCCUUCUAAGUGGAAAUAACUGUGGUUGAUUGAAAGUGCAAAACACUGAAUAAAUGUGCUGUAUCUAGAGCUCUAAUGGCGCUUGUUUGGUCAGCUAGACGUUGUUGCAUGGCUGUGCUUUACCAGGUAGACUUAACAGACAUAACAAUACAACAGAUGGACAAAUUGGUUUAGGGCUAGAGGUGACUGACACCACGACAAUUUCACUUGUUCAGUCAUUGACUUGUCUAACACAUGAACCAGUCUGUGACAAGCAACUUUGUUUUGUUUCCUUUGAUAGUUUUUGUUUUUUCAGUUUCCCUCAUCAUUGCCUAUGCUUGUUGAGGGUGAAAGUAGGGUAUAGUAUAAUUUGAUCAGUGCAGUAUUUUCAAUUCUGUUAAACCAGUCUUUUUUUUUUAAAGUUUGUUAUGCGUUUUUUUAUUUAUUUGCUACCUGCUCAAAUUGGUCGAAAUUUAAAAGAAAAUUAUUUUUCUUGAUUGAGAUUUUUAAAAAUGUGUUCCUAGUUAUCAGGGAUGCUCUACAUGAAAUGAAUACCUGCUGUCCACUAUUUUCUGGUCAAGAUUUAAAUAGUGAUAGAGUGGAUGUGUUCUAGUGUAUACCAUAAUGUUGAGUGGUUAUGGUUUACAUUAGAACUGUGCUCAUGUGGGAUGUCCUGUUUGUCAGUUGAAUGAUUCUGUGUGCAUGUAUUCAACAACAAAAAAACAACCUAUGAAAUAUUUUAUAGGUUUACGUCUGUACAGAUUUCUAAUAAACAAAAGAGGUAUGUGUAAUAUAUAUAAGAAAAAUGGCCAACCAUUUUUUAAAGCAUCUAUCAGUGAAGCAACUCUUUAGAUAUGUCUGACUGUAUUUCACUUUUCCUGCUAUUAUCAUGUGAUUCUAUUUGCUAAACUUGCACCACUAAUUGUUUAGUCAGUGUUCAUAUUCAGUCAUCCUUUUUUUUUUCUAUUCUCAUGUAUUUGAUCUAAAUAUUUUUUCAAAACUUUUUUUUUCUCCAUGGUUUCACCUCGCUGUAUGAAUGUAACAAGAGGUUAUUUAUCAUAUGCAUCCAAUAUAAUAGCAGGAUUUUUUGGCUGCAUGGAAUUUUUUUGAUUGCCCAAAUUUUUUUUUUACCUGCUUUUAAAACUAGUGUGUCUACCCAGAACUAAACAAGUCUCGGAUGAAAACAGUACUGAUGCAGCAUUGUUCUAAUGUGGGUGCCUGUGAGACGUGUAACAUUUCUCUUGUUUUAGCUUUUGGAACCCAAGUGUUUUGUGACUACUAAACAAUAGCAUGCAACUGCAACAUUAUUUUACUGUUUUAGUUAGAAUAUCUGAUGCAAGUUUGGAACAACUAACAUGGGAACAUGGGUUGGCUUAUUAUCCAGUCCCACACCAGCAUGAUUUGGAGGCACAUGUACAGUUACCAUGUUCCCUAUUUGUUUAGUUUAGAAAUACAUAAAAACAACUAAAUGAACAGUUUUGCAUAUUAAACAAUUUUCUGUUUACAUACAUGUAUGUAUAUAAAUGUGUGUAUGUUCAUACACACUUCUACUGACUACAGUAAUUUCUGUUAUGUAAAACUGUUUGAUCUUUGUAUUGGCACAUUUAUCUGAUGUAGUUCCCUCCCCUUUUUAAAGAAAAAUAAAAGGACAAAUGGACUUAAAUUCUAAAAUUGUCUGGUAAUUUAUGGGCACAUUUUCUCUUCACUUUCACAAAUGUUUUAGCUUUAAAUUUGGAAUUGUGUUUGGUUAGAUCUAAUGUCAUCUGAUGUCAUUUGAUGUCAUUUGAUUAAAUAAAACAAGUCAUCAUUUG